AUGGAGAUUUGUCGCUUCCCCGUCGUGCAGAAGCCGCUCGAGCGUGUCCCUCUGCCGCCUCGCGUGAGGAGCAACUCGAUGUCGCGCACGCUUCCCUCGUCGCCCAGCCUGGAGGAGCUCCUGGCAACCGACGACGGUCUCAUCGAGAUGAACGACGCCUUUGGCAAGAAGGCCGAGAGCUCCAGGCCUACCUCGCCGUCCACCAACUCUUCGGCACCUAUGGCGACCAAGGUAACCAAGGUGGUCCACAGGAACAUCAAGAUGAAGGUGGAUCCUUCUACGUCGACCACCACCGCGAUCCUUCCGUCGCCGUCUUCGCCUGGCGGCGUUGGCUCCUUCAUCCCUUUGCCUCUGCCUUCGAUCGUGCCGCUCCACCACCAGGCCAACCAUCCUUUCAUCGUGUGUCCUCCUCUCUCUUCCUCUACUCUCUCCUCGUCCGCCCCUUCUCCUUCCUCCCCCUCGUCGACGUCGAUGCCCACGACUCGCCAGGCGCCCUUCUUCGUACCCGUCUCUGCUGGAGGAAGCCCUGCCCUCAUGGAUCCCCACAUCCUCCACGGCCACCAACUCUCGAGAUCGGCGAGCGCCUCGCCUGUGCCUGGGUCAACUGGCGACCAAGCCAAGAAGAGCGCCGACUCGAAGAAGAGGCCUCGCUCUGCAUCGACGCCUUCGGGAUCGAACAGCGAGGGCUCAUCCUCGGCCGCGCGUUCUAAGAGGAAGAGGAAGACGCCCGAGCAGCUCGCCCUCCUCGAGAAGGAAUUCGAGACCAAUCCGAUGCCCAACAAGGACGUGCGAGAGCAUUUGAGCCAGAAUCUCGGUCUCACCAGCCGCCAGGUCCAGAUUUGGUUCCAGAACAAGAGGGCCAAGGUCAAGAACAACCGCGUGAGCGUUCCUGGCGGUUCCCAGUCGCCCGAGGAGGCCUCUUCGCCCGAGGGCUCGCCCUCGAUGAACUCGCCUCUGAUGAUGGAUUCGCCAUCUUCGUCUUCGUCUUCGACGUCCUCGUCUUUCUCCCUCUCAUCUUCGGUCUCCUCUUCCCUUUCUUCGUCCUACCCGGCGCCGUCGUCUCCUUCGGCCUUCCAGCAGUUCAGCUCCAUCGACAGCUUCUUCGAGCCUUCCUACUUCGACCUCCUUCUCGACGCCCCCAGCUACGGCGGCAACUCUGCCGACUUCCUCCUUCAACAGCAGACCGUCUGA